UCAACCACAUCAGAUGUACUAAAAGAUGAGUAAGUGAUGACUAGAACAAUGUGACGUGGAGUGACAGCAGUGACAAGAAUCUGUCCAGCGGGGAAACUAGACAAGGACUUUACCCUUCAACAUGACUAUAAAAAUUCUGAAUGGCAGUCUGCACAACACAAGUCAUCAGACCAAGAGAAACGAAGAGACAAGCUGCCUCUACAAGCAGAGUCCAGUUCAAUCAUGAAGGUACUUGUGGUUCUUGCACUUGCUGUUUUCUCUGUUUGCAAUGCCAACAUCCUGUGGCAGGAGCCGCCCAAGAGCAACCUGGAGGUGGUGAAAGAUGCUUUUUGGGACUAUGUUGCUAAAGCGACGCUCACUGCUGAGGACUCCCUGAAGCAGAUCAGACAGUCUGAGCUGGGACAGGAAGUGAAUGCCAGGAUCUCUCAGAGCGCUGACACAGUGAAUCAGUACGUCGUUGCUCUGCGUACUCAGGUGGCUCCUCUGACCCAGGACUUCAUGACUCAGUUUACCCAGGAGGCCGAGCGGCUGAAGGCUCGUUUGGAGAAAGAUGUGACCACUGUGAGCACCAGCCUGCAGCCCUACGCCGAGGAGCUAGUGGCUCACCUCCAGAGGCAGGUGGAAGAGCUGAGGAAAGGAGCGACCCCCUACGCUGAGGCCAUGGACCCAGAGACCCUGAAGGCCGUCCUGCUGCAGAAGAGCCAGGAGCUGAAGGCGCAGCUGGAUAAGAGCGUGAACCAGCUGCAGGCCCAGAUGGUUCCCUACACCGAGGAGAUGAAGCAGAAGAUGGAGCAGAGUCUGGAGGAGUUUCAGAGCAGCAUGAUCCCCCUGGCCCAGAGCUUUGAGACCCAGCUGACCCAGAAAACCCAGGAGAUCCAGCAGAAUCUGGCUCCGCUGGGAGAGGAGCUGAAGGCCAAGCUGGACGCCAGCGCUCAGGACCUGCAGGCUCAGCUGGCUGUUCUGUGGGAGUCCUUCACUAAGAAGACCCAGUAAAUGAGACUGCUCUGUCUACUUCAAAGCCUGCACUGCUUUAAAUGCCUCCACUCAACAAAUAUUUAUUCUAACUUUACCCAAUGUAUAUUUUAUCAAAUAAAACUUAACUUGACAAUCAA